AUAGCCUGGGGAGAAAUGCCAAAUGUGGGUGAAGGGGAGAAGCAAAGCAAAGCACACUGCCAUGUGUGUACCUAUGAAACUGUCUUGCAUGCUCUGCUCAUGUACCCCAAAACCUAAAAUCCAAUAAAAAAUUAAAAAAAAAAAAAAAAUAGGAGGGUCAGCCGGGCACGGUGGCUCACACCUGUAAUCCCAGCACUUUGGGAGGCUGAGGCGGGUGGGUCCCCUGAGUUUAGGGGUUCGAUAUCAGCCUGACCAAAGUGGAGAUAUGCCGUCUCUACUAAAAAUACAAAGUUAGCCGGGUGUGGUGGUGCAUGCCUGUAAUCCUAGCUACUCAGGAGGCUGAGUUAGGAGAAUCGCUUGAACCCGGGAAGCAGAGGUUGUGGUGAGCGGAGAUCACACCAUUGCACUCCAGCCUGGGUAACAAGAACAAAACUCCAUCUCAAAAAAAAGGAGGGUCAGGCCAGACCCCUAUGGCAAAUUGCCAGGAGCAGAGACCCAAAGGUAGGAGAGGAGGGUGAACAAGACUGCUAAUCAAAGCUUUGAGGCAGGAAAAAUGGGCCUGAGGAAUUUCCUGACAGGAUCAGUAGGGCUGGAGUUCGGCGCUACCCUAGCAGGGGUAGGACCUAUAUUCAAAGAAGAAAUGGACACCCAGAUUUGUAGUCCGUUGUAAGGAUCUUGGAUUUAGUUCUGAAAUAAAUGGGAUAUCAUUUGAGGAUUUUGAGCUGAAAAGUAACAUAAUCUGGCUUAAGCCUUAAAAGCAUCAGCCCCAGUGCUGUGUGGAAAACAGACCAGGGGCCAGGCAUGAUGGUUCACACCUGUAAUCCCAGCACUUUGGGAGGCCGAGGUGGAUGGAUCAUCAAGUCAGGAUAUCAAGACCAUCCUGGCCAACACGGUGAAACCCUGUCUCUACUAAAAAUACAAAAAUUAGCCAGGUGUGGUGGUGCACCCUUGUAGUCGCAGAUACUCAGAAGGCUGAGGCAGGAGAAUCACUUGAGCCCAGGAGGUGGAGGUUGCCGUGAACUGAGAUGGCACCAUUGCACUCAAGCCUGGUGACAGAGCAAGAUUCCAUCUUAAAAAAAAAAAAAAACAGAUUAGGUCUGGGUUGGGAGGAAGCGUGGAGGGAAGGGCAGAUGCUAGAAGAGCAGUGAGGAGAUGGAUGUGAUGCAGAUACCAGUGUGCUAGGGAAGUCCUCAAAUGUCACUGGGACUCUGACAUCAGCCAGUGUCUAGGCUCUCGACAGCAUUGCAAGGAGGAAUUCGAGGAUGAGUUGAAAAUAGUGAAAGUCAGAGAUUUAUUGCAGAGCAAAAAGCACACACUCAAGAAAGGGAAUUGCUGGCAUUCGGAAGAGAGUUGUGCAAAUGGAGUUUGGGGCCACUACUACCUUUAUGGUUUCUUUAAUCAACGGGUGGGAUAUUUAUGAAAAUUCCUGGGCAAAGGUGGAGAUUCCUUGGAACUGUCAUGCAACCCAUUUCUAUACCAAAUAUGGGUGUUGUUGGAAAUGUUAUGACGUUGGUGUGUGAUUUAGUAUGUUAAUGAGUGUAUAAUGAGGUUCUUGCUGAAAUCUGGGUCAAACCCUGUGCAAUGUUGGGCCCAGCUUGGUCCACACCUUCGUUUUUUGGGGUCUUAACAACCCAUAGCCUCUAGUCACAUGAAAGUGCUCCCUGGAAUUUUUUAUUCUCCUGUGAUCACUCUGUAUUAUUCAUGUGUCAAUGUAGUCCUCAUGGUAACAAAAAAAGUCAACUUCUGUAAAAUAUUCGAAGAGAUUUAUUCUGAGGUAAAUAUGAAUGACAAAGCCCGAGGCACAAUCUUAAGAGGUCCUGAGAACAUGUGCCCAAGGUAGCCGGGUUGCACCUUGAUUUUAUACAUUUUAGGGGGACAGAAGUUACAGGCAGACAUCAAUCAAUACAUGUAAGGUGUACAUUGGUUUGGUCUGGAAAGGCAGGACAACUUGAAGUGGGGAUUGGGGGGAUUCCAGGACAUAGAUAGAUUCAAAGAUUUUCUGUUUGGCAAUUGGUUGAAAGAGUUAAGUUAUUAUCUAAAGACCUGGAAACAAUAGAAAGGCGUGUCUGGGUUAAGACAAGGGAUUGUGAAGACCUGGUUUAUGAUACAGAUAAAACCUCCAGGUAGCAGGCUUCAGAGAGAACAGGUGGUAAACGUCUCUUAUCAGAUCUAAAAAGGUGCUAGACUCUUAGUUAAUCUCUCCUGCAUCAGGAAAAGACCUAGAAAGGGAAGGGGAUUCUCUUUAGAGUAUACAUUUCCCCGUAAGACAUAGCUUUCCGGGGCAUUCCAAAAUAUGUCAAAGAAAUAUAUUUUGGGGUAAAAUACUUUGAUUUCCUUCAGGGCCUACUAUCUGUCAUGUGAUGUUAUAUAGACUCAGGCUGGAAUUUGGUAUUUAUUGCUACAAAGAGUCUGUUUUGUCAGUCUUAAAAUCUUUAUUCUAAUGUUACUGCUGGUCAGUUGUGCCUGGAUUCAAAGGGAGGAGGGUAUCAUGAGGCUUGUCCCACUUCCUGUCCCAUCAUCAUCACCUGAACUAGUUUUUUAGGUUUCCUUUGAGAUUCCCUUGGCUGAGAAGAGGGAUUCAUUCAGUGAGUUGGAGUCUUAUAAUUUUAAUUUUGGUCUACACUCACACUCCCUGGUCUCUGCAUUCAGCACUAUGUAUCAUAGUUGCUUAGGUGGCUAUUUCUCCUCUCCAUUACUCCAGGCAAGGAAUGAGGUGACUUUUUGUGUUAAGUUUAGUCUAAAGUUCAUACAUGUUUAAGUUCAACCUAAAGGUGUUUCUGUUCAUGGUGAACUAUAUUGUUAGAAAUAAAUUUUCAGUGCCGCAAAAGAAAUAGCACUGGAACAUACAUUUUCUCAGCAAGGCAAUUUACUUCUAUAGAAGGGUGCAUCUUAAGGAUGGAGCAAUGAUGAGAGCACACCUGAACAAGGGAGGAGAAGGGGUUCUUAUCCCUGAUGCAGGUAGCCCCUACUGCUGUGUUGUUCCCCGUUGUCUAAGCUAAUUCCAAUAGGCUAUUUUAAAGAGAGCAGGGUUUCCAGCCAAAGUGGUGGGGUGAGCAGUUUCGGUGGGAAAGACAAUUAUGGAACUGUCACUAAAGAUGACUCAGGUCAGAGCAGGAGACCAAGAGUGACUCAGGACAGAGCGGAUGAUCAGGGGAACAGAUGUGAACUACUGAUUAGAGCCGUGGAAAGGUUGUUUACCGAAACUAGGAGCAAGGAGAUGAAGAAGUUACACUUUUAAAUGGAGAACAAAGUACAAGGAAACUGAACAUACUAAUAAAGUGACUCUUUGAAGAGAAACUUAGAACUCACUGUACUUACCAAUAACAAGUGGAGGCAGAAACAGACCGUAGCCUACACUUGUGCCAAUCAACAAGUUUUGGCCAAUCAAAUGUAACCAACUGUUCAAACUGUGAUCAAAUAAGGCAAAUUUCUGAGCUGCAACCAAUCCAGCAGUUUCUGUACCUCACUUCUGUUUUCUGUAAAUCACUUUAGUUUUUCUGUUCAUAAAUCUUCCACCAUGUGGCUGUGCUGGAGUUGCUGAGCCUAUUCUGGCUCAGAAGGCUGCCUGAUUCACGAAUCGUUCAUUGCUAAAUUAAACUCCUUUAAAUUUAAUUUGACUGAAGAACUAUAUAUAUAUUAUAUAUAUUCUAUAUCUAUAAUUAUAUAUAGAUAUAGAUUCUAUAUCAAUAUAAUUUGUGAUAUGUGACAAUCAAAAUGAGUGACUGAGGCAAAAGUCUCAAUCAUCAGGGUUUAUUCAGCCCUCGCCUUAGGGCAUAUCUGGGAAAAGCAUGAGCCUCUGUGGCUGUUUUUCCAAAAAGGUUUUCAGGAAGUUUUAUAGUUAUACAUUUCCUUAAAGUGGGAAAGGUGUGUAGGGGGAGAGGCAGGUAGGUGGUAAGGUGAAUGGUUACAUUCCUGUGAGACAUUAGCUGGUGCCCAGUAAAUCCACAUUACACAAGAUAAGUUGAACUCACCAAGAGAAAAAGGGAGUAAAGGAAAAGUUGGUUAUGCGGAUGUCUCUAAGUAGGUGGAGGAACUACUUAUCUCAUCUUAAAUUGUUGUGCACCUGGGAAGAUAAGUUUAUAAUCAACAUGAUCACUGUGGAAUUCAAAAAACUUCAGUUUCGGGAGGUAAACUUAGACUGCAGACCUGACAAUUGUUACAAUUGGCACAUUCUUGUGAAUGGAAGGCGGGCAAACGGUUUGCCCAUGAAUAGUUUGUGGGGGCAGCCCUGUGCAGGCGCCUGAGGCCCAUCACCUUUCCGUGAGGACCUGGCGGAUGCAUAACGCUAGUCACUCCUAUUCCUUUGGAAGGGGCUGUUCAUGACUCAGCUUCCAGGCUUACCCUUCCCUUUCCCAUUAGAAGUUUGGGGAAUCUUGCUUUUUUUUUUCCUUUAUAUGAUAGUAGAGGUAGAGACAAGUAGAUUCUGGCUGUAUCUAAUGGCUGAUUUUGAUGAUGAGUAUGGGAAGCUGACACAUGGCUAUUUUGAUUAUUUUUUCAUUACUAAAACCUUGAGUGAGGUAUCUUGCACAAUGCACCUGAAGGAUGUUGCCCAAAGUGUGCACAGGAAUUAGACUUCAGGAAUCCUGUCAGGUUUAUUGCAAGAAAGGCCUAACCUAUUCAGGUCAACAAAGUUACAAGCUUAGAAGAGCUUGUAAAAAUAAGUAAUAUCCAGGCACAGGGCUUCACAUCUGUAAUCCCAGCACUUUGGGAGGCUGAGGUGGGUGGAUCGCCUGAGCUUAGGAGUUUGAGACCCACCUGGGCAACAUGGCAAAACCCCACCUAUACUUUUUUUUUUGAGACGGAGUUUUGCUGUUGUUGCCCAGGCCCCAGGCUAAAGUACAAUGGCACAAUCUCUGCUCACUGCAACCUCAGCCUCCUGGGUUUGAGCGGUUCUCCUCUCUCAGCCUUCUGCGUAGCUGGGAUUACAGACACACGCCACCAUGCCCAAAUAAUUUUUUUGUUUCUAGUGGAGACAGAGUUUUACCAUGUUAGCCAAGCUGGUCUUGAACUCCUGACCUCAGGGGAUCCACCCACCUCAGCCUCCUAAAGUGCUUGGAUUAUAGGCAUGAGCCACCACACCUGACCCCAUCACUACUUUAAAAAAAUAUUUUAAAAAAGUAAUCCCUGUCUGGACAGAAUUUGUGAGGAUCAUCUUAAAUAUCUUAAAAGUGUGUGUGUGAGUGCGUAUGUAUGGGUGACUGUGUUUGUGAGUGUGUGUGUAUGUGUGUGUGUGUGUGUAGGCUGGGGUGGGGGAAUGGGGCAGUGAAGGGAACCAGCCAGGCAUUAUGUCUAAUUUCAAGAGAUGCAGAAAGAAGCCUCAGAGCUUCUCUUAUCUGACUAAAAGCAGCAACUGCUGAGAAAUGAGGCUGCCAUAAAUUCUUUUUUGGCAGGUCUACUCCCAGAAAGAAAAUCAAGAAUAAACCUGUGAUAAAUCCCCUCUCUGGUAUAGUUUCACGGCCAUGAAGAAGAAGGAAAGAACACUGUACUUGCAGAAACAUAUAUUAUUAUGAAAUAUCGUAUCUUCUUUUUGUUCUCCUAAAAAUCCACUUAUUAUUCUUUCCUAAAGAAACCUAUUUGUGGCCUGGCACGAUGGCUCAUGUCUAUAAUCUCAGCACUUUGGGAGGCCAGGGCAGGCAGAUCAUUUGAGGUUAGGGGUUCAAGACCAGCAUGGCCAACAUGGUGAAACCCCUUCUCUACUAAAAAAUACAAAAAGUAGCUGGGCAUGGUGGCAUGUGCCUGUAAUCCCAGCUACUUGGGAGACUCAGACAGGAGAAUUGCAAGACUCCAUUUGGAAAAAAAAAAAAAGAAGAAGAAACCUAUUUGCUUCUCUUUUUUUUUUUUAAAGACAGAGUUUCACCAUGUUGGCCAGAAUGGUCUCCAUUUCCUGACCUUGUGAUCCACCUGCCUCGGCCUCCCAAGUGCUGGGAUUACAGGCAUGAGCCACCGCACUCGGUCCUUGUUCCUCUCUUAGAACAAAUUUCAUCACCUUCCUUUCCUCUACUUAGUUAGGUAUACUGUAUAAGCCUCUAACUUUAAACAUUAGUGAGCUGAAUUCUUACAUUAAUCUGUCUUUUCUUGUUUUAAUCAACAGGUCCCCACAGAAUGAACCUAAAAAGAUAGAGUAAAAGGGUUUUUUUUCCUGAUAAAUCUGGUGUGAGAACUGAUGAAUGAAAAAAUACAAAGAAUCAGCGAGGCAUAGGGAGGUUUUGAGAUAAUGGUUUAGUUAAUGAUGCUUCUAAGAUAUGAAUAAUUGAAACGGUGGCAGCCUUGGCAGUCCAUAGAUUGGCAUGGCAUUGCAAGUCUAGCCAAGCCAAUGAAAAAACAACAGUCUUACAUUUUUUCUUCCAUUAGAUUUAAACAAAUCUCAGUUCUACUUAUGCUUUUAAUGUCAUUUUCUAUUAAGACAACAUAAUUUAUUAAAUACUAGUGGCAAGGGAGGGAGUCUUCAGUAGUAGGUCAUAUACUAUAUACUAUAAGAACUCUUGGAAUAUCAUGAAGUCAUUCAGCAUCUCUGGAACGUAGAUACUAUUAUGCCUUUUUCACACAUUAGUCACUACUCUUCAGAGACAAAAAGUAACUUUCCCAAACCUGUUAACAAGCAGGAAGUGAAGCUCAAAGCCCAUCCAUCCUUCUUAGUAAAUAGAAAAGUUCCCUGGAGAGCAGUAAGCUAGAAAGCUUUUCCACACUCAUGAAGCGCUCUGUAAAUUCACUGUAAUCCAGACGUUUUUCAAUCAGAAAAACCAAGCAUCUAGAUUUAUUAAUGCCUCACUUCGCUUCAUCCUUUGGGUAGGUUUUACGUCUCUUCCAUUCAACCCACUGGAAAGGACAAUCAACACUUUAUUUUUCUCUGGCUUUAUUUGCUACUGGGAGGUUUUCUCAAAAGUUACUCUUACUCUGGAGUUAUAAUCAGAAUCAAGGUGCUCAUUAAGACUUUUUCUGUGCUUCCUUAGUAAAUGUCCUUGGGUUCAUGUAAGACAUCAAAGACCUGACAUAUGUUUUCUAAUGACCAGAGAAGCUGGUAUCUCUGUGCCCCCACUGAUGAACAACUCCACUCUUUGGAGUGCUUCUUGUGAGUGCUUUCUGCCUGUGCUUCCCUGGCAAGUCAGGGCAGCCGCCUCUUGCUCCAACAGCCAGUGCCGAUGGAGUCCUCAUUAUCCAGUACGGUCAGAUUAGGUCUUCUAAUAUGUUUCAAAGGACGAACGUGGCUGUUCAGUGGGUGCCUCUCUCUUUCGCUGUUCAGUGGGUGCCUCUCUCUUUCACAGCUUGCGUCCACCACAGCAUUGACAUGUUUCUUUUUUGUAACCUCUAUUCCUCUUCCCCUGUCCCAAAACUAAGCUAUGAUCACUUUAAGUGCAUGCAUAUGUCACAUUCAUUUUUGUAUGUCUAAAAUUUGGCACAAUGUCAAGGACGAUAGUGGGAGUCGAACAAAUAUUUAAGGAAGGAAGAGUAAGUGAGAGAAGUGAAGGGAAGAAAGAGGGUUAGGAGUAUGUAUUAUAAAUGUGAGCUUUAAACUGUUGCUGAUUUUUCUCCUAAGGCAUCUCUUUGCUAAAUUUUGCAAUCCUAGUGAAAUGUCUACAUUGCUAUUCUGAACCACUGUUUAAAGUGUUGGGAAAGUUUUGAUUGUCAGAGCUUUUGAAACUAUGUAGCAAAUAAAAGCCUCUUCAAUAAUCCACUAAAAAGUGUGCGAUUAAAAUUGUGACAAGGCCCAAGCAUUGUCUCUGUCCUCCCACUAUCUUCUAGAAGGUCCCCUGGCCAUUCUUCAAAACUCAGGUUUGCAUUAUGGGUCUCUGGCCAAGGUGUGCCCAUUUGGCCCAGAGUUCCUUGGUUGCUUGCCUGGAUUGGAUACUUUCUGACUAGUAUAUUCUCUGUCACUUUAGCUCCUUAAUGUUAUGUUGCACUUUUAUCUGUCUCCCAUAAAUAACUUAGAAAAAAUCACCAUGGACCAGGAGCAUUGGCUCAUGCCUGUAAUCCCAGCACUUUGGGAGGCCAAGGUGGUGGAUUACCUGAGGUCAGGAGUUCAAGACCAGUCUGGCCAACAUGGUGAAACCCCAUCUCAAAAAAAAAAAAAAAAGAAAAUAUCACUAUGAUGAGUGACCACUGAUUAUAUAUAUAUAUCCUUCUUUUUAUUCUUCCUUUUUUUAAAAUUUCAAGCAAACUCUCCUGAUUAAGGUCAUGUCAUUUCAGGACAGUGUCAACCUAUGAAUGGCAGUGAGAGGACACAAUUGGAAAAAGUAACUCUGGAGGGAUCCAAAUAACACUUACCCUUGUCUGUUACGUUCUUAUGUUACCUAGCGUGUGUCAGGAAAGCCAACACAAUCAUCUUCACAGUCCAGGCCUGAGCCACUACCGUAAGCAGGAGGCAGCCCUACGCAGGGAAAUAGGGAGGGGUGGGUACUGUGAACAAACUAAAGAGUAGGUGUCUCACCAAGGGUCCAUCCAGCUAUAUUUUGGAUACUGGCCAAAUAGAGCAUGUUUAUGAUUGUUCUGGGCUGUAUCCAGUGUGUGUCAUUUGGGUCCAAAUACAGUUACCUCUGUGAGGAGAUAGCUGGAUAUCUUCUUACCAAAUUCCCUGUACACAUCCCAGUUUUUGCCCCCCAUAAAGUAAAGUUCAAGCCUUCCUUUUAUCCAGAUGCUUUCUGUCAAGCUUAUCCGGCGCAAUGAGCGCUCAAUUAUUACUGACUGAACAAUUGCACACAUUUCAAAUUUUCUCCUCUGGGUUCCUAAAGCACCUACAGAGUAGGCAUGACGUUAGUUUAGCCCUUAACUACAGAUGUUUCUCUAGUUCAGUGUUUCUGAAUCUUAAGCAUUACAUGACCUCUUUUUAAAAAGAACUGGGCACAUACUCAAAGGAAAAUAAAUAAUUCUCCCAAAAAAAAAAAAACAAAAAACCACACACAUGCAUGUCAACUGCAACACUAUUCAUAAUAGCAAUGACAGGUAAUCAACCUCAAUACCCAUCAACAGUGAAUUGGACAAAGAAAACGUGGUACAUAUAUACCUAGAAUACUGUGUGGCCAUAAAAAGGAACAAAAGUCUUUGCAGCAAUGUGGAGGUCGUUAUCCUAUUAUGAAAUUUCUUAUAUUCUUUCUGUUCUUUUAAAAAUCCAAGUAUUCUUCUUUCCCAAAGAAACCUAUUUGUGGCUGGGCGCAGGCUGAAUUAAUGCAGAAAUAGAAAACCAAAUGCUGCAUGUUCUCACUUACAAGUGGGAGCUGACCACUGAGUACUCAUGGACAUAAAGAUGGAAAUAACAGGCACUGGGGACUACAAGAGGGGGAGAUAGGGAGGGCGAUGAGGUUUAAAAACUAUUUUGAGUACUAUGCUCAUUGCCUGGGUGAUGGGAUCCUUUGUACACCAAACCUCAGCAACGCACAAUGUACCGAUGUAACAAACCUGCACCUGCACCCCCGAGACUCAACUAAAAGUUAAAAAAAGAAUAAAUAAAACAUGAUUCUUCUCCACCUCUGGAGUUUCUACAGGGUUACGACAGGGUCUGCCAGUGAUCCCACAGUAUAAAUUCUUUUCUUUUAUAAAAAUAAAAUCCCAGAUUUGAGAAUAUGAUGUUUUCCAGUCUCCCUUGAACUGGUGUUUCAGGCACCCUGCUAUAUAAGUUUCUUAGGGCUGCCAUAUCAAAGUACCACAGACUGAUGGAUUAAACAGUAGAAAUUUAUUUUCUCUCUGUUCUAGGAGGUAGAAGAACACUGUCAAGGUGCUAACAGGCUGGGUUUCCUCCCAAACCUCUCUCCUGGGGUUGAAGACGUGCCCUCUUGCUGCCGCUUCACGUGGUCAUCUCUCUCGGCAUGGGCAUGUGUGCCUUGAAUGUGUCCAGAUUUCCUUCUCUGAUAAGGACACCAGUCAGAUUGGAUUCAGGUUUCUCCUAACAAUCUCAUUUAACUUAAUCACUUUUUUUUUUCUGAGAUGGAGUCUCGCUCUGUUACCAAACUGGAGUGCAGUGGCUCCAUCUCGGCUCACUGCAACCUCCACUGCCUGGGUUUAAGCUAUUCCUCUGCCUCAGCCUCCCAAGAAGCUAGGACUACAGGUGCACAGCACCAUGCCCAGCUAAUUUUUGUAUUUUAGUAGAGAUGGGGUUUUACCAUGUUGGUCAGGAUGGUCUUGAUAUCCUGACCUCAUGAUCCACACCACCUUGGCUUCCCAAAGUGCUGGGAUUACAGGUGUGAGCCACUGCACCCGGACAACUUAAUCACUUCUUUAUAGUCCCAGUUCUAAAUACAGUCAUAUUCUAAAUUACUGGGAGUUAAAACUUUAGUAUAUAAUUUUAGGGGAGUACAAUUCAGCCCAUAAUAUUACACUCUCUGGCCUCUCAACAUUUGCAUGUAUUUGCAUGUUGAGCAUAGGAUAGACAUUCCCACUCCCAAAAGGAUAAAUUAGAAAAAAGAAAAGAAUCACAAAUCUCAAACAAGUCUCUUUGAAGAGAAACUUAGAACUCACUGUACUUAACAAUAACAAGUAGAGGCGGAAACAGACCGUAGCCUACACUUGUGCUAAUCAACAAGUUUUGGCCAAUCAAACGUAACCAACUGUUCAAACUGUGUUCAAAUAAGGCAAACCUAUUAGGUUUCCUUGACUAAUGGAGCACUACACAAUCCUGGUUUCUUUUUUAUAUCUUUGGCAACUUCUUCUCAGUCUCCUUUUUGGUUCAUCAUUUUCUAAUUGGUUAUCCGGUGUUGGAACUCCUCAAAGCCUGAUUAUUAUGUGGGAAUGGAUGGAAAGUGAAGUUGGAAAUAAACAUGGAAUGAUAAAUUUGGAAUAAACCUUGGAGGUCCUUCAAUGAUAAGAUAAGGAUAUUGGGACAUCCUUAGGAAUUUUUUUAGUCAAACAGUAACAGGACUAGGUCCCUGCUUUAGGAAGAUUUAUCUUGCAUUAAUAUGUAGAUGAUAGGUUGCAUCUCCACAGUGCCUCUCUAAUAUUAAUGAUGAUAAUAAUAACUACAGUAAUACUAACUCGUAUUUAUGUGUUUUGAUGAGAUAAUGCACAUGAAGCAAAUAAGGGGACUCAAGCUUAGAAAGAAAAAAUGGUUUGCCUAGAGCUACCUGGUUAUUUAUUUGCAGAGUUGGGAUUGCCUUUCAUGAUUUAUACUAAAGAUUUGUUGACUAUUUGAUAAUUAUACACCUCCGUUGCCAUUCAUUUUAUUUUUUUGUCAUUUAAUAUAUAUUACUCUGGUCACUCUAAAUGUCUUUGAAAUUGCUUGAGAAUAAUUCUCUAGUAUACCCUCCAACUGUGAUCCUUGGAAAACAAGUGUUUAUAGAAAUGUUGAGGAUCCAAGAUGGCCGAAUAGGAACAGCUCUGGAGUGCAGUUUCCAGUAAGAACAAUGCAGAGUGUGAGUGAUCACUGUAUUUCCAAAUGAGCUUUCACUGCCCACAGACCAGGAGAUUCUCUGGUCGAAAAGCACCACGAGUUUCCAGCGUGGCUGUUUCAGCCGAUGUGGUAGGUUGGCGCACAGAAACUCAUACAAUUCUGGUGGCUGUUUCAACUGGCACCUGGAAUGCUUGGGAGACAGAGCCACCCAUUCAACUGAAAGGGAGAGGGCUGAGACAGUGAACCAGGUGAUCUGGCUCGGCAGGUACAAGCCCCACAAAAGAAGCAAUCUGAAACACUCUGGAUUGAGAAUUUCACAGCAAGUGGAGCUGGACCCGGGAUGGUCUAGCUCAGUGCGGGGAAGGGUGUCCACCAAUACCAAGGCAAUUCCAACUGUACCUCUAUAAACAACACCUUAAGGAAGUUCACACAGCAGCUGGGCAGAGCCUGCAGCAGCUCAGCAAUGCCUCUGCUGGCAGACUGUGACUACACUAUUUCCAUGCUGGGCAGGGCAUCUAUGAAAAAAGGCAGCAGCACAUCAGGAACUUAUAAAUAAAGCCCAACCUUCCUAGGACAGAGCACCUGGGAAAAGAGGCAGUUAGUGGUUCUGCUGAAGCAGACUUAAACAUACUUGCCAGGCAGCUCUGCAUGGAACAACAGAGCUCCCAGCACAGCACUUGAGCUCCUACAAGGGUCAGACUGUUUCCUUUCCAAGCACAGCACUUGAGCUCCUGUAAGGGACAGACUGUCUCCUCAAGCAGGUCCCAGACCCCCGUACACUCAAAGAGACACCUCAUAAAGGAGAGCUCAGGCUGAUAUCUGGUGGGUAACCCCAUGAGACGAAGAUAACAGAAGAGGAAACUGGCAGCAACCCUUACUGUUCUGCAGCCCCCACAGGUGAUCCCCAGACAAGCAGGGUCUGGCUGGAGUGUUCCUCCAGCAGUCCUGCAGCAGAAGGGCCUGACUGUUAGAAGGAAAAUGAAAACACAGAAAGAAAUAGCUUCAACAUCAACAAAAAGGAUGUCCACUAAGAGACCCCAUCUGAAAGUCACCAUCUACAAAGACCACAGGUAGAUAAAGCCAUGAAGAUGGGAAGAAACCAGCACAAAAAGGAUGAAAACACCAAAAACCAGAAUGCCUCUCCUCCUUCAAAGGAUCAAAACUACUCACCAGCUAGGGAACAAAGCUGGAUGGAGAAUGAGUCUGAUGAAUUGACAGAAACAGGCUUCAGAAGGUGGGUAAUAACAAACUUCUUGAGCUAAAAGAACAUGUGCUAACCCAAUGCAAAGAAACUAAGAACCUUAAAAAAAGGUUAGAUGAAAUGCUAACUAGAAUAAACAACUUAGAGAAGAAUAUAAACGACUUCAUGGAGCUGAAAAACACAGCCCAAGAACUUCCUGAAGCAUACACAAGUUUCAAUAGCUGAAUUGACCAAGCAGAAGAAAGGAUAUCAGAGAUUGAAGAUCAACUCAAUGAAAUAAAACAAGAAGGCAAGAUCAGAGAAAAAAGAGUGAAAAGAAAUGAACAGAGCCUCCAAGAAAUAUGGGAUUAUUUGAAAAGACAUAUCUGCAUUUGAUUCAUGUACCUGAAUAUGAUGGAGAGAAUGACUCCAAGCUGGAAAACACUCCUCAGGAUAUUAUCCGGGAGAACUUCCACAACCUAGCAAGGCAGGCCAAUGUUGAAGUCCAGGAAAUACAGAGAACACCACAGAGAUAUUCCUCAAGAAGAGCAACCCCAAGGCACAUAAUUGUCAGAUUCACCAGGGAUGAAAUGAAGGAAAAAAUACUAAGGGCAGCCAGAGAGAAAGGUCAGGUUACCCACAAAGGGAAGCCCAUCAGACUCACAGCGGAUCUCUCAGCAGAAACCCUAGAAGCCAGAUGGAGGCCAAAUAUUCAACAUACUUAAAGAAAAUAACUUUCAACCUAGAAUUUCAUAUUCAGUCAAACUAAGCUUCAUACGUGAAGGAGAAAUAAAAUCCUUUACAGACAAGCAAUUGCUGAGAGAUUUCAUUACCAUCAGGCCUGCCUUACAAGAGCUCCCAAAAGAAGCACUAAACAAGGAAAGGAACAACCAAUAUCAGCCACUCCAAAAAUGUACCAAAUGGUAAAGACCAUUGACACAAUGAAGAAAGUGCGUCAACUAUCGGGCAAAACAUCCAGCUAGCAUCAAAUGGCAGGAUCAAAUUCACAUAUAACAAUAUUAACCCUAAAUAUAAAUGGGCUAAGUACUCUAAUCAAAAGACACAGACUGGCAAAUUGGAUAAAACGUCAAGACUGAUUGGUGUGCUGUAUUCAGGAAAUCCAUCUCAUAUGCAAGGACACAUACAGGCUAAAGGGAUGGAGGAAGAUUUAUCAAGUAAAUGGAGAGCAGAAAAAGCAGGAUUUGCAAUCCUAGUCUCUGAUAAAAUGGACUUUAAACAACAAAGAUAAAAAAAAAAAAAACCAAAGAAGGGUAUUACAUAUGGUAAAAUGAUCAAUACAACAAGAGCUAAUGAUCCUAAAUAUAUACCCAACCAAUACAGGAGCACCCAGAUACAUAAAGCAAGUUCUUAAUGACCUACGAAGAGCUUAGACUCCCACACAAUAAUAAUAGGAGACUUUAACAAUCCACCAUCAAUAUUAGACAGAUCAACGAGACAGAAAAUUAACAAGGAUAUCCAGGACUUGACCUCAGAUCUGGACCAAGCAGAGCUAAUAGACAUCUACAGACCUCACCACCCCAAAUCCACAGAAUAUGCAUUCUUCUCAGCACCACAUUGUAUCUACUCUAAAAUUGACCACAUUAUUGGAAGUAAAUUACUCCUCAGCAAAUGCAAAAGAACGGAAAUCAUAACAAGCAGUCUCUCAGACUACAAGGCCAUCAAAUUAGAAAUCAGGAUUAAAAAACUCACUCAGAACCACACAACUUCAUGGAAACUGAACAACUGGCUCCUGAAUGUCGACUGGAUAAACAAAGAAAUGAAGGCAGAAAUAAAGAUGUUCUUUGAAACCACUGAGAAUGAAGACACAACAUAUCAGAAUCUCUGGGACACAUUUAAAGGAGUGUCUAGAAGGAAAUUUAUAGCAAUAAAUGCCCACAUGAGAAGCUAAGAAAGAUCUAAAAUCAACACCCUAUCAUCAAAAUUGAAAGCACUAGAGGAGUAAGAUAAAAAAUGCUCAAAAGCUAGCAGAAGAUAAGAAAUAACUAAGAUCAGAGCAGAACUGAAGGAGACAGAGACACAAAAUACCCUCCAUAAAAUAAAUGCAGGAGCUGGUUUUUUGAAAAGAUCAACAAAAUAGGUGGCUAGCCAGAUUAAUAAAAAAGAAAAUGGAGCAGAAUCAAAUAGAUGCAAUAAAAAUGAUAAAGGGGAUAUCACCACAGAUUCCACAGAAAUACAAACUACCAUCAGAGAUUACUAUAAACAACUCUAUGCACAUAAACCAGUAAACCUGGAAGAAAAGGAUAAAUUCCUGGAAACUUGCACUCUCCUAAGCCUAAAGCAGGAAGUUGAAACUGUGAACAAAGCAAUAACAAGGCCUGAAGUUGAGGCAGCAAUCAAAAGCCUACUAACCAAAAAAAGUCUAGGUCCAGACAUGUUCACAGCCAAAUUCUACCAGACAUACAAAGAGGAGCUGGUACCAUUCAUUCUGAAACUAUUCCAAACAAUCCAAAAAGAGGGAAUCCUUUCCAAGUCAUUUUAUGAGACCAGCAUCAUCCUGAUAUCAAAACCCAGCAGAGACUCAACAAGAAAAGAAAACUGUAGGCCAGUAUCCAUGAUGAACAUAGAUGCAAAAAUCUUCAAUAAAAUACUGGCAAACCAAUUGCAACAGCACAUCAAAAAGCUUAUCCAUCACAAUCAAGUAGGCUUUAUCCCAUGGAUGCAAGGCUGGUUGAACAUAUGCAAGUCUAUAAACAUAAUCCAUCACAUAAAUAGAAACAAAGACAAAAACCACAUGAUCAUCUCAAUAGAUACAGAGAAGGCCUUUGACAAAAUUCAACAGCCCUUUAUGCUAUAAACUCUCAAUAAAAUAGAUAUCAAUGGAACGUAUCUCAAAAUAAUAGCUAUUUAUGACAAACCUACAGCGAAUAUCAUAUUGAGUGGGCGAAAACAGGAAGCAUUCCCUUUGAAAUCUGGCACUACACAAGGAUGUCCUCUCUCACCACUCCUAUUCAAUAUAGUAUUAGAAGUUCUAGUCAGAGCAAUUAGGCAAGAAAAAAAAAGUGCAUUUAAGUAGGAAAGGAGAAAGUCAAAUUGUCCCUGUUUGCAGUCAACAUGAUUGUAUAUUUAGAAGAACCCAUCGUCUCAGCCCAAAUUUCCUGAUACUGAUAAGCAACUUCAGCAAAGUCUCAGGAUACAAAAUCAAUGUGCAGAACUCACAGGCAUUCCUGUACACAAAUAACAGAUUUAAAUAGAGCCAAAUCAAGAAUGAAGUGCCAUUCACAAUUGCUACAAAGAGAAUAAAAUACCUAGGAAUACAACUAAUGAAGGAUGUAAAGGACAUCUUCAAGGAGAACUACAAACCACUGCUGAAGGAAAUAGGAGAGGACACAAACAGAUGGAAAAACAUUCCAUGCUCAUGAUUAGGAAGAAUCAAUGUUGUGAAAAUUGCCAUACUGCCCAAAGUAAUUUCAAUGCUGUCCAUAUCAAGCUAGCAAUGACCAUCUUCACACAACUGGAAAAAACCACCUUAAACUUCAUAUGGAACCAAAAGAGUGCCCAGAUAGCCAAGACAAUUCUAAGCAAAAAGAACAGAGCAGGAGGUAUCAUACUACCUGACUUCAAACUAUACUGCAAGGCUACAGUAAUCAAAACAGCAUGGUACUGGUACCAAAACAGACACAUAGACCAAUGGAACAGAACAGAGGCCUCAGAGUCAACACAACAUAUCUACAAUCAUCUGAUCUUUGACAAACCUGACAAAAACAAGCAAUGGGGAAAGGAUUCCCUGUUUAAUAAAUGGUAUUGGGAAAACUGGCUAGCCAUGUGCAGAAAGCAGAAACUGGACCCCUUCCUGACACCUUACACCAAAAUUAACUCCAGAUGGAUUAAAGACUUAAACAUAGGACCUAACACCAUAAAAACCCUAGAAGAAAACCUAGGCAGAACCAUUCAGGAUAUAGGAAUAGGCAAGGACUUCAUGACUGAAACACCAAAAGCACUGGCAACAAAAGCCAGAAUACUUAAAUGGGACCUAAUUAAACCCUAGAGCUUCUGUACAGCAAAAGAAACAAUCAUUAGAGUUAAUUGGCAACCAACAGAAUGGGAAAAAAAUUUUGCAAUCUACCCAUCUGACAAAGGGCUAAUAUCCAGAAUCUACAAAGAACUAAAACAGAUUUAUAAGAAAAAAACAAACAAACCCAUUUAAGUUGGGUAAAGGAUAUGAACAGACACUUUUCAAAAGAAGAUAUAUGAGGCCAACAAACAUAUGAAAAAUUGCUCAUAAUCACUUGUCGUUAGAGAAAUGCAGAUGAAAACUACAUUGAGAUGCCACCUCAUGUCAGUUAGAAUGGUGAUCAUUAAAAAAUCUGGAGACAACAGAUGCUGGAGAGGAUGUAGAGAAAUAGGAACACUUUUACACUGUUGGUGGGAGUGUAAAUUAGUUCAACCAUUGUGGAAGACAGUGUGGCGAUUCCUCAAGGACCUAGAAAUAGAAAUUCCAUUUGACCCAGCAAUCCCAUUACUGGGUAUAUAUCCAAAGAAUUAGAAAUUGUUCUAUUAUAAAGACACGUGCACACAUAUGUUCAUUAUGGCACUGUUUACAAUAGCAAAGACCUGGAACCAACCAAAAUGCUCAUCAGUGAUAGACUGGACAAGGAAAAUAUGGUACAUAUACACCAUGGAAUACUACUAUGCAGCCAUAAAAAACAAUGAGUUUGUGUCCUUUGUAGGGACAUUGACGAAUCUGGAAAUUGUCAUUCUCAGCAACCUGACACAAGAACAGAAAGUCAAACACCACAUGUUCUCACUCACAGUUUGUAAGCAUGCAGCCUGGACAGCAAAGGAAGCAAGUGUAAGACUUGCUUGGAAAAGGAUGGCUAAUACAUCUGAGAUGGAAUCUCACUCUGUCACCCAGGCUGGAGUGCAGUGGCAUGAUCUUGGCUCACUGCAACCUCCACCUCCUGGGUUCAAGCGAUUCUCGUGCCUCAACCUCCCGAGUAGCUGGGAUUACAGUUUCGCUCUUGUUACCCAGGCUGGAGUGCAAUGGCGCGAUCUCGGCUCACCACAACCUCUGCCUCCUGGGAUCAGGCAAUUCUCCUGCCUCAGCCUCUUGAGUAGCUGGGAUUACAGCUGGAUCAAAGCUUUCCCCACAGCUUAUAAAACCGCAGGAGUUGUAGCUGAGCACCUCGUCCGGGACAUCAUUCCCCGAUUCAGCCUUCCUUCUACCAUCCAGUCAGACAACGGACCUGCCUUUAUUUCUAAGAUCACCACUGCUGUUUCCACAUCCUUAGGGAUUCAGUGGAAACUGCAUGCAGCCUACCAUCCCCAAUCCUCAGGCCGCCAUCAACAAUUCUGCAGAAUCUUUAGCCUCUUUCCAAAGACAGAUCACCUCAGUGGCUCAAGUCGCCCUACAAAAUCGCCGGGCGUUAGACCCCCUCACCGCCGAGCAAGGACGAACCUGCAUCUUCCUACAAGAAGAGUGCUGUGACUACAUUAAUGAAUCCGGCCUAGUAGAAACCCGAAUCGAGAACCUCCAGAAACUUAAAGUUAACCCGCAGAAUCAAAAAUUCUCAGCUGAAGCCACAGCAUAGUGGUCUUCCUCUAUGUAUACCCUCUUGUCCCCGUUGCUUGGGCCCCUGAUAGCCAUUUGCCUAAUCUUACUUAUUGCUCCUUGUUUU